CAUGAAGAAGCAUAUAAACAGCAUAAAUUUAUGACUCAUGAAAGCUAGACCCCCUUAGGCAGAUAGCAAAAUUCGAACCGCAAUAAAUAAAGAUAUUAAUUGUUUCACAAACAUGUAGUAACUACAUUAAAAAAAAAUUAUCAUUAUGAUGGUUUCCUAGUUCCUACUAAAGAGAGUGAAAGCAUAGUUUGUAAAGUGUUUACUUAAGUUUGCUGAAAAAACGAUGCAAAGCUUCCAGACAACAACUGAAUCAAGCUCACCACUCUAUACUCAUUCUUCCUUCUUCCUUCGGGGAGAUGAUGACACCACCCAAAAUCCAACGCUGUUCUGGGAUAUUCAACGUUCAUUUCAGCAACAAGAUGCUGUUGAUUUAAGCUCAAGUUGCUCUUUCUCUCCAGGCUCUGCGUUUGGUGCAAAGUCGAGUGAUGUUGCUGUUCUUGCAAGUAACUUGCAGUGUGCGACAUUCAACACUAACAUUGGUGGAGGGUGUGCUUCAACAGGGGAAGUGUGCAUUGAAACAGGGCAAGAGCCAAUGUUUCAGAGAGGAACCAUUUUUAACGCCGUGCCGCUGGGGAACGAGAAUUGGGGUGAUUCAGGCAUGGCUGAUAACAGUCAACAAACUGAAGAUACCUCCACUGAUGUUGAUACUGAUGAUAAAAACCAAUGUUUCUCUAACGUGUCUUGGUACAAUGGAGUUCAGCAAGAGCCACUUGUUGUAGUUAUGGACUCCAAGGAUCAAAGUAAGGCUAAGGUUAAAGAUGAAGACCAGAAGACUCUUCGUAGACUGGUCCAGAAUAGGGAGGCUGCAAGGAAGAGUCGAUUAAGGAAAAAGGCAUAUGUGCAGCAAUUGGAGAACAGUAGAGUUAGGCUUGCUCAAAUGGAGCAAGAGCUCCAAAGAGUACGUCAGCAGGAUGUGUCAGGAAUUACAGGGGAUCAUGCUCACUCAGUUGUUGCAAAUGGUGUUUUAGCAUUCGACAUGGACUAUGCUCGGUGGGUUGAUGAGCAUCAACAUCUGAUUAAUGGCAUAAGAUCAGCCAUAAACUCUCAAAUGGUUGAUAAGGAGCUGCAUCUUCUGGUUGAUGGAGUCAUGGCACAUUAUGAUGAAUUAUGUAGGUUGAAGAGUAUAGGUGCUAAGGCUGAUAUAUUUCACAUGCUUUCUGGGAUGUGGAAGACACCUGUAGAAAGAUGCUUCAUGUGGCUUGGUGGAUACCGUUCAUCUGAACUUCUCAAGAUCGUUAGGAACCAUCUUGAGCAGUUAACCGAUCAGCAGCUGAUAGGCAUUUACAAUCUGCAACAGUCUUCUCAGCAAGCCGAGGAUGCUUUAUCUCAAGGGAUGGAAGCAUUGCAACAAUCUCUUUCAGAAACACUUUCCUCCACAUCCCUAGGGCCUACUUGUUCUGGAAAUGUUGCUGAGUACAUGGGGCAAAUGGCUAUUGCAAUGGCCAAGCUUGCCUCACUAGAGAGUUUCCUUCAUCAGGCUGACCUGUUGAGGCAACAAACCAUGCAUCAGUUGCAGCGAAUUUUGACGACGAACCAAGCUGCUCGGGCUCUCGUUGUCAUAAAUGAUUUCAUUUCACGACUUCGGGCACUUAAUUCAUUAUGGUCAGCUUGCCCUAAAGAGUACUAGGCAUUGACAUAUUAUAUGUAUCUAUGGUACAUCACUAACGUGUAGGAACUUUGAUGGGUUGUUGCCAGUUUCAAAGCAUGAACAUGGUUCAUAGUCGGCCACACUUUGUAGAAGCCUUGAUUUCCUUACCUGCUGAUCUAAUAUUAUCUAGAAGAUUGGUAAUUACGUGCAUCUUGCAUCUUGAUGUAUACAAGUUUUUUAACUUCUGAGAAAUUGUAUGUAUAUUAUCACCUUUUCACUAAGCACAUAACUUUUAUAAA